AUGGUACAAAACGUUAAGCAUGAACCAUUUUCGUCGUAUUCAUUAAAUAAACCUGCGUCACUAUCUGCAGCACAUAUUUUAAAAGAACAAAUUCGUGUUGUCUCAGGUUGUUCUAGUAAUAUUCUAUCAUCGAUUGGUAUUAUAUUUCUUAAUAAAUAUAUUUUUUCACAUUGUCACGUAAAAACAAUGACACUAACAGCCAUACAGAUGGUAUUUACAUCAUUUGGUUUAGUUAUUUGUUUACAAAUGAAUACAUUCGUGCGUAAAAGGGUUUCCCUAAUAAAAGUCUUACCAUUAGCUAUAUCAUUUUGUGCGUUCGUUGUUUUUACAAAUUUAUCGUUAGAAUAUAAUACAAUCGGUACGUAUCAAUUAUUUAAAGUUUUAACUACACCUGUGGUUGCACUUCUAUCAUGGCAAUAUUAUAAAAUACAUUAUUCGAGAAUGGUUAUUGCAACAUUAAUACCGGUUGUUAUUGGUGUAUGUACGCAUUCAGUUAAUGAUAUUAAAUUAGAAUUAUUUGGUACAGUCGUAGCAUCGGUUGGUGUUAUAUCAGCGUCACUCUAUCAAGUUUGGAUUGCGGAACGUGUAAAAGAAUUAGAAAUGAAUUCUCAACAAUUACUUUUCUAUCAAGCACCUCUAUCGGCUGUUUUACUCAUACCUUUUAUUUUCUUCAUGGAAGAAUUUCCAACCUAUACCACAUAUGAAGAAAAGCAAACAGCAUUUGUUGCUAUUCUAGCUUCUGGUAUUGUAGCUUUUGCAGUUAAUCUAUCGGUUUAUUGGGUUAUUAAAAAUACAUCUGCAUUGACAUACAAUAUGAUUGGUCAUAUGAAAACGGUUUCAAUUCUUGUUGGCGGUUUUCUUAUCUUCAAAGAUGAUCUUAAUUUUAAACAGUUCAUUGGUAUUUUACUUACAUUAUCUGGUCUAUUCUCAUAUACAUUUGUUAAAAUGAGCGAACAAAAUCAAUUGCCAUGUAAACAAUGGAAUGCAAGUCCAAAACUAGGUCCAAUUUAA